AUGAGCGAUCAGAACCAGCAACAACAACCGCCUCCCGCUCCUCCACCACCACCACCACCACCACCGGCUCAACAGCCUUCUAAUCAAGGUGAUCCUCCUGCUCCAGAUGCUCAACAGCCUUCUGAUCGGGGUCUCACUCCCCCUCAACAACAACAACCACCUUCUGCAAGUGCUCCUCCUCCCGGUUAUCCACCACCGCCGGAAGGAUAUCACGCAAGAGAAGACACUUAUCCACCGCCGGGGUAUCCACCAGCGGGAUAUCCUCAGCCAGGAUAUGCGCCGGGAUAUACUUCACCACCCCCACCACCUCAAGGCUACCCACAAGAAGUACAUGCCAGCAGAGACGCUUAUCCACCACCAGGGUAUCCCCCACAAGGGCAUUAUUCACCACCUCCUGCAGGGUACCCUCCCCAGGGUUAUCCUGCUCCAGGCUACCCUCCCCCGGGAUAUCCUCCUCCUGGAUAUCCGCCACAGGGAUAUCCUCCUCAAGGUUAUUCACCCCAAGGAUAUCCUCCUCCCCAUCCGGGACCGUACUAUGCCGCGCAGCCCGCCCGCCCUCCACCCCAAGCAAGCAGUGGCAUGGGUUGUUGCCAGGCCUGUUUGGCUGCUCUUUGCUGUUGCUGUAUGCUGGAUUGUUUACUGGAUAUGUGA